AUGUCUGAUAUGAAUGCUACCGUCGAGCCCACAGCCAAGGGUUUUGCUGUCUGUGGCUACGAGAAGAUUGAGUAUGACUUCGAGUUUCUCGAUGGCGUCUUCAACCCCGUCAACCCUCAGCUGUACCAGCUUUACUCUCCUUGGGGCCGCUGCUUGGCCGUCAUGGAUCUGAACAUCUUCAACCUGUAUGGCCAGCAGAUGCAGCGUUACUUUGACCACUAUGGUAUCCCCCUCACUAUCCACAAGACCAUGAUUGGUGAGAAAGCCAAGUCCAUGGAUACUCUUUUGUCCAUUGUCGACUCCAUGACCGACUUUGGAAUCUACCGCAAGGAGCCCGUCCUUGUUGUUGGUGGUGGUCUUGUCACCGACGUUGCUGGCUUCGCUUGUGCUGCUUACCGCCGCAACACCAACUACGUCCGUAUUCCCACCACUGUCAUUGGCCUCAUUGAUGCUUCCGUCUCUAUCAAGGUCGCUGUCAACUACGGCCGCUACAAGAACCGUCUCGGUGCCUACCAUGCUCCUUCCCACACAUUCCUUGACUUCACAUUCCUUCGCAGUCUCCCUGUGGCUCAGAUCCGAAAUGGAUUCGCUGAGCUGAUCAAGAUCUCCACCUGUGCUCACAAGGAGACUUAUGACCUUCUCGAGAAGUACUGCGAGCAGCUCAUCGACACUGGCUUUGGUCGAUCUGACGAUGCCUCUCCUGAGAUCAAGGUCGUCGCUGACAAGAUCUGCCGUGCUGGUAUCCACGAGAUGCUCAAGCUCGAGACACCCAACCUUCACGAGAUUAUGCUCGACCGUGUCAUUGCCUACGGUCACACCUGGUCUCCUCUCCACGAGCUUGUUCCCGAGACUCCUCUCCGCCACGGUCAUGCCAUUUCUAUUGACAUGGCCUACUCUGCCACUCUGGCCAACAUCCGUGGUCUUCUCUCUUCUGAAGAGCACAAACGUCUCUUAAACCUCUUCUCCCGCGCUGGUCUCUCCAUGGACCACCCCGAUUUCGAUGCCGAUCUUCUGGAGAAGGCUACUGCUGCCAUCCUCAAGACUCGUGAUGGUAAGCUCCGUGCUGCUGUCCCCGUCAACCCUAUGGGAGACUGCGUCUUCCUUAACGACGUCAGCCACAAGGACAUGGUCGCUGCUCUUGAGGAGCACAAGAAGAUCAUGAAGUCAUACCCCCGCGAGGGUGCAGGUAUUGAGGCGUUUGUCGAUUCCAGCGACACCGGCUACACCCUCAACGGUGCCCCCGUUGAGAACGGCCAGGCCAACGCUCACCAGGUUGCCAUGAAUGGCGUUGAGAACAGCAAGCUCCAUGCCUCCGGCCCCGAAGGCGUUGACGGUCUUCAGCAGGACUCCAGCAGCAGUGACGAGGAUUACGUUCUCGGAAACUCCAAGACCAACGGACAACAGGACAAGGGUAUCUUGAGCGAUCUCAAGGAAAAAGUUGGCGGUCUUCAGAACCAGGUCGCCAAGGCUGUCACUGUCCAGAGCCAAUAA